AUGCCAUUUUCACUUUGUGCAUUGGUGAGUUACAGGGAAAAAAAAAGAAAAAAAAUUGUGCUCUGGGUGGGGGUCGAACCCGGGUGCUGCAAAACCAGCGCGCGCGCUAGGCACACGUGUUGACCACUCGGCCAUGCAGCUCUCUUUUUUCGGUGUUGAAAAUGUUGCAUAUAAAAUGCGACCAAAAUUUUCGGACCGUCUUUUUUUUUGAGAAGAAAAAUUUCGAGAAUUUUCUGAGAGAAAGGAAUUCGCAUUGUUUGAUCUAGAAAAUGAUUUGAUUGUGAAUUAAAGUGACGUCAGAAAAUUGGAAAAAAAUAUGUUUCUUGAUUUUUUCAGUUUUGCAAAAUUUAUUAUCUUUUCUCGACCUCCUAGAUAAAAAAAAUGAAAAAAGGUUCCAGAUAAAAUGUGGAACUGUUUUUUUUUUCAAUUUUUGAUUUUUGGUUGAAAAUUUUUUACAAAAACAUUAUUUUUUCAUUUUUCAAUAUUGAAAAAAAAAACGUUUUUUUUUUGAAAAAAAAAUAAUAAAAAAACAUUUUUUGACAAAAUUUCAUUUUUUCCACACAAAAAUGAAAAAAAUAUUGUUUUUUUCUGAAAUUUGUGUAAAUUUUAAAACUCUUUGUUUGAAAACCCCUCGAAAAUAUAACUGAAAAAUAAGGUUCCAGAUAAAAUCUGGGCAUUGUCCACUUCUUUCUCGUCCAUAUUAAAAAAAACCUCAAAAAACCCUGGGUCGUUCAAAAAUUACACAAAAACCGGUUAUUUUCAAUUUCUUCGUGAAUCCUCCUCGUUUUUUCCUCAGCCAGUCAUUUUCUAUUCUAUUCUCAUUUCGAAUUUUAUCGAUUCAUUUUCAUUUUUAUUCCGGAAAAUUCUCAAUUUCUCCCGUUUUAUAGACAUUUUUUGAUACAAAGUAAGUAAGUACAAAAAACCGGAUUCUUACCUAAAAAAUAAGAAAAAUGGGACGAAAACAACAAAAAAUCUAUCAUUUCUCCGUAAACUAAUUGAGAAUGGUCGAAUUUUCCGACGAUUUGUUGUAUUUUCACGAAUUUGAUGUGAUUGUGAGGAUUUUUUCACUACAAAACUUCAAUUUUUCAAAAUUUCAGCGAAAUUUGAGCAUGGGCCUGUUACGACCAUCGUUUCAAGAACCGAAUGCGAGAUUGAUGCCUGGACCAGUGGUGAGUUUGGGGGGAAAAAUUUUAAAAAAAAAGAAAAAAAUACAAAAAGCGCCGGGUGGGGGUCGAACCCGGGUUAUGCAAAACCAGCGCGACUCCUCGGCACACGUGCUAUCCACUCGGCCAUGCGGCUCGUUAGUUUCGCUGGGGAAAAUGUCGCAUAUAUUAUCGAAAAUCUCAUCGGUACUCCACGCGCUCCAAUAAACACGCAACCAGGCUUGUGCGGAAAAUAGGUUUUCGGAAAAUUUCGGAAAACCGUGUUUUUCCGAAUCCAUCCGGUCGGAAAAAGUUUUCCGAAGUUAUUUUCCGACUUUUUAUUUUCGGAAAAAAAGUUUUCCGACUGUUUUUUCCGACUCAAUUUUUCGGAAAAUCGGAAAAUUUCGGAAAAAAUUUCAAUAAAGAAAUAAUAGGCAUAUUUGUUGGUUGUUGAGUAAUGUUGAAGUAGUUUCAACAAAUUCGGCAGUUUUCACGAUAUUUUGUCACUUUAGUUAAAUAUUACUAACAAAUUCCUAUAUUUUUCACAAUUACCAAAAUUAUUUUUCGAUAAAAUUAACAAAAAUUCCUGAAAAUCACCUAUUUUUUCACUUUUUCGGAAAAUUAUUAGUCUCGGAAAAUUUUCGGAAAAUAAUUUUUUCCGAAAAUAUUCAUCGGAAAAAUUUUCCGACCAAAAGUUUUCCGAAUUUUUCGGCCGGAAAAUUUUCCGACUCGUAUUUUUUCCGAAAUUUCCUCAAAAAAGUCGGAAAAUCGGAAAACGCGUUUUCCGUUUCCGCACAAGCCUGCACGCAACGCAGACCGCGUCGCGCCACAACACACACAAAUAAGGGAACAACUCAAAUUUUUUCAUGAUUUUCCGCUUCAGAAAGUCAAUUUUCAUAAUUUUCAGCUUCAGAAAGUCAAUUUUCAUAAAUUUGAGCUCAAAAAUAUCAAUUUUCAUGAUUUUCAGCUUCAGAAAGUCAAUUUUCAUGAUUUUCAGCUUCAAAAAGCUCAAUUUUCUUAAAUUUGAGCUCGAAUGAGCUCCACCGAAAUAAACACGCAACGCAGACCGCGCCGCGCCACAACACACACAAAAAAGGGAGGGAAUUUGAAUCGUUCCCUUAUUUGUGUGUGUUGUGGCGCGGCGCGGCGCGGUCUGCGUUGCGUGUUGAGCGCGUGGUAGAGAUGAGAUUUUCGAUAAUAAAAUGGGUGAAAUUUUUUGGAAGAUCAAGAAUUUCCAGACAUCCGAAGAGGAAGAAGAAUCAUCAUCAGAAAGACGUCGAUACAAAGCCUACACAGUGAUGCAAAAAGCCGGUUUCCAACACACUGAAUACGCGCAAAUAAUGGUUCACCUAUGUCGCGCCGAACUUUUUAUAUCUCUAAUCUUCCUAGCUCACGGCACAACAUGCCCCGGUUAUCCCAACGAAGCUGAAUAUCAAUCCACGUGUCAUAUGAAUACAGUCUCAGCGAUUGUUGGUUUAAUAACAGGGGCUCUUGGCCUAGGAGCAGUUCAUAGAUAUCGAUGGCGAACAAUGCUGAUAUUAUGGCUGGUUUUUUGUAUAAUGAGUUCGGUUGGAAGUUUGUUGGCUGUGAUUACGACUGGCAUUUGGUUGGAUCAUUAUAGUAAAAUGAAAGUUAGAACUGGGUUGGGAAAUGGGUUGAGUGGAUUUAUGCUUCUUGGAAGUGUUGCGUUUGGAGUUUGUUUUAUUUUGACGGCGGUUAUGAUUUGUCAUUAUUGGAAUUCGCAUUCGACUGGAUAUCAACCGGUUGGCAAAAUUGCGGUGGGUUUUUGA